GGGCGAGGCGGUCUCGCCGAGCGCGAGGCCGGCGCUGUGCUCGCCCCGGAGACCGCGUCUCCUCGGCUGGGCGCCGACGGCGGCUGGGCGGCUCGCGGAGGAUUGGGAGGGCGCGGUCCGCGUCGGGGGCUUUCUCCCGGCCUCCUCCCGCCGGCUGUGGGCUCGAGGCGCCUCCGGGGGAGCCGCGGCCCCGAGGGCGGAUCCGAGAUUUUCUUCAAGUACCUCCCUUGGUGCUUAGACUAUGCAUUGGCUGAACAGGCAGGACCGGCAGGGCACUAUGAAGUGCUGAAGAGACAGACUGUGUUUUUAUUCUCCGCAGAGUGGCUAGCAGCACACAGUACAUCUUACCUGUAGCAGAAUUACAUUGGUCUUCUCUCCAGGAUCCAGGGUGACGAAAGUGUGAGAAUUAAGACGAACAGAGAAAGUGGAAGCGCUGUGUAAACUGCACGUGUGCGCGCGCACACGCUCUGGGAGGGAUUCCGGGCAACGCGAAGUCCGUGGUCGUUGCUGUAACUACUGACAGUCCCCGCUAACGAGUAGAGUCUGGCUUAGACAGCUAGCGGAACAUAAGUGUUAAAGUCACGAUGAAUGGUCACAUUCCUAAUCAUCCCAGUGGUUUCAGAAUGUAUCCAUCUCAAAUGAAUGGCUACGGAUCCUCACCCACCUUCUCCAUGGACAGAGAACACAGUUCCAGAACGAGCGCGAAGGCCCUCUACGAACAAAGGAAGAAUUAUGCACGGGACAGUGUCAGCAGUGUGUCAGAUAUAUCCCAGUACCGUGUUGAACACUUGACUACCUUUAUUCUGGAUCGGAAAGAUGCUAUGAUAACUGUUGACGAUGGAAUAAGGAAGCUGAAACUGCUUGAUGCCAGGGGCAAAGUAUGGACUCAAGAUACGAUCCUUCAGGUGGACGAAAGAGCAGUGAGCCUGAUCGAUUCAGAGUCAAAGAAUGAACUGGAGAAUUUUCCUUUAAACACAAUCCAGCACUGCCAAGCGGUGAUGCACUCCUGUAGCUAUGAUUCAAUUCUUGCCCUGGUGUGCAAAGAGCCAACUCAGAGCAAGCCAGAUCUUCAUCUUUUCCAGUGUGAUGAGAUUAAGGCAAACCUGAUUAGUGAAGACAUUGAAAGUGCAAUCAGUGACAGUAAAGGAGGGAAACAAAAGAGACGGCCUGAGGUCCUGAGGAUGAUUUCCAAAGCGGACCCUGGUAUACCGCCCCCACCCAGGGCUCCUGCCCCGGUGCCCCCUGGGACUGUGACCCAAGUGGAUGUUAGAAGUCGGGUGGCAGCCUGGUCUGCGCUGGCAGCUGACCAAGGGGACUUUGAGAAACAGAGGCAGUAUUAUGAGCAGGAAGAAACACCUGAGGUGAUGGCCGCCCGAAUUGACAGAGACGUGCAAAUCUUAAACCACAUUCUGGAUGACAUUGAGUUUUUUAUCACAAAACUCCAAAAAGCAGCUGAAGCAUUUUCUGAGCUUUCUAAAAGGAAGAAAGCUAAGAAAGGUAAAAAGAAAGGACCAGGAGAGGGUGUUUUAACGCUGAGGGCAAAACCUCCACCUCCUGAUGCAUUUAUUGACUGUGUCCAAAAGUUUAAACAUGGAUUUAAUCUUCUGGCCAAAUUGAAGCAUCACAUCCAGAAUCCUAGUGCUGCAGAUUUGGUCCAUUUUUUAUUCACUCCACUGAAAAUGGUGGUGCAGGCAACAGGAGGUCCUGAGCUAGCCAGUUCAGUGCUCAGCCCCCUGCUGACCAAGGACACGAUUGAUUUCUUAAGUUACACCGUCAAUGCUGAUGAACGGCAGCUGUGGAUGUCACUGGGCGAGUCUUGGAUGAAAGCCAGAGCAGAGUGGCCGAAAGACCAGUUCAUCCCACCCUACGUCCCACGGUUCCGCAAUGGUUGGGAGCCCCCGAUGCUGAACUUCAUGGGAGCCCCGGUGGAGCCAGACCUUUAUCACUUGGCUGAGUCCGGGGCGAACGUAGCAGAACAUCAUCGCAAGCAAGAAACAAAAAGAUUACCGCCAGAGCACUCCAGUGUAUCAGAGUAUCCUCCGGCUGAUGGGUACGCACCGUUCAAUAACAUUUACGGAAGAGGGCCUCAUCUGGACCAAGGGGAAGCCGCUGUUGCUUUCAAGCCAACUCCUAAUCGCCAUGUAGACAGAAAUUAUGAUCUACAACCCAAGAAGUAUGCCAAAUCCAAGUACGACUUUGUGGCAAGGAACAGCAGCGAGCUCUCGGUUCAAAAGGAUGAUAUUUUAGAGAUCCUGGAUGACAGGAAGCAGUGGUGGAAAGUUCGAAAUGCAAGUGGGGACUCUGGAUUUGUGCCAAAUAACAUUUUGGAUAUCGUAAGACCUCCAGAAUCUGGCUUGGGGCGUGCUGAUCCACCUUACACACAUACCAUCCAGAAACAAAGGAUGGAAUAUGGUCCAAGACCAACUGACAUCCCCUCUGCUCCGUCACCUCCUCCAACACCAGCCCCCGUCCCGGUCCCCCUUCCACCCUCUGCUCCAGCACCCGUUCCUGUGUCAAAGGUCCCGGCAAACGUCAUCCGUCAGAACAGCAGCUCCAGUGACAGUGGUGGCAGUAUCGUGCGAGACAGCCAGAGACAAAAACAAAUUCCUGUGGACCGAAGGAAAUCUCAGAUGGAGGAGGUGCAGGACGAACUCAUCCACAGACUGACCAUUGGCCGGAGCGCCGCCCAGAAGAAGUUCCACGUGCCACGGCAGAACGUGCCGGUGGUCAAUAUCACUUACGACUCCACACCAGAGGACGUGAAGGCGUGGCUGCAGUCAAAGGGGUUCAGCCCCGUAACUGUCAAUAGUCUUGGAGUAUUAAAUGGUGCACAACUUUUCUCUCUCAACAAGGAUGAACUGAGAACAGUCUGCCCGGAAGGGGCCAGAGUCUUCAGCCAAAUCACUGUACAGAAGGCUGCAUUAGAGGAUAACAGCGGCAGCUCUGAGUUGCAAGAAAUCAUGCGGAGACGACAGGAAAAAAUCAGUGCUGCUGCGAGCGAUUCAGGAGUGGAGUCUUUCGAUGAGGGAAGCAGUCACUAAUUCGUCUUUAAACGCCAUUAUUCUUGGCAUUAUUCCAGCGUGCUUUGUUUUAAGAAGCCAUGAAGGGAAUGUCAGAUUCUUAUUUCUUGGUCUGCGUGAUUGAUCGCCAUAAAGAAGCAAUGCAAACAUAAGUAAGCAGAGUGCUUGCUUCCAGGCCCAUUAUUUUUAUUAAAACUAAAAAAAAAAUUUAAAUAGCACUUUUUGACCUGGGGACCUGUUUUGCCUACACUUUACCAACGUGAGGUUUCCUUUACUGAAUUAAUUACUUCAUCCCCAUCUCAAUGCUUAAGCAGACUUUUUUUUUUUGACAGUGGUGAAAUUUAUUUAUUGCAACAAAGCCAGAGAUAUUGCCCGUGAUUCGAAAUGUAGACAAUUUCACUUUUGCCUGUGACUACGGUGUGUGUCAUUCAGGGUGCAGCUAACUUGAGGCUAGCCUCUGCUUACUUAAGUCCCUCUCUCUCUCUUUUUUUUUUUUUUUUAA